AUGACCACCGCUCACAGGCCUACAUUUGAUCCGGCUCGUGGCAAAGAAGCCCUUCGCGGUCCUGCCUACCACCAGCGCUUGCAACCUGCACAUACUCAUCUAAAGACUCGGUACAGAUCCUCGGCCUACCUGAAAUUCGCUGGAGCUAACUUAUGUCGAAGACAAGCAGGUCAAGGUGGUGACGCAGAUCCUGUAGGAUAUGAUCUGAAGGCGCAGCUACUCAAUGCUGAAGCAGCACACUUCGACCGCAAUCCAUCUACCAUCCCGGGUGAUAGAAGAAACCCGGCUAAAAGGCAAUUGGAGGAUGGGCCCGAGCGAAAUAUCGAGGAUGCAGAAGACCUCGAAGCCAAGAAACGAAAGGUCUUAGAAGAGACAAGGACCAUAGACGCUGCUUCAGAGUCAGACAGUGACAGCAGUGACGAGGACAGCGAAGAUGAAGAAGAUGAAACAGCAGAGCUGCUGCGAGAGCUCGAGAAGAUCAAAAAGGAGCGAGCAGAAAAAAAGGAGCGAGAAGAGAGAGCGCAAGCAGCUGACGAACAAGAGCAGCGAGAGUCCGACAUUGCAUACGGCAAUCCUCUCCUAAACCCCAAUCGUGAUGCUGAGUCAAAACGACGCUGGGACGACGAUGUAGUGUUCCGGAACCAGGCCAGAGGCACCGAGAAGAAGGGCAAGCCAGAAUUUGUCAACGACCUACUGAGGAGUGAUUUCCACAAGAGAUUCAUGGUUGGCUGGCUAGUCAGCCACGAUCGUGAUGGCAGUCAGAUCGGAACCCUCAAUUCCAAAAGUGCCUGCCUUGGGAAUGGCCGAAAAUCAAAUUGGGGCGAUCCAGAAGCCAUGGUUGCUUUUUAG